GCCAGCCAAAUCCUCCGGGGUGGGGUUCUCAUUAUCCCGCUCGGCGCUGUGGCUGAGGCAGCUGGCCUGGCUGUCCAUUAAUAGAUUACACGGAGGAUUUGAGAUUGUUAACAGGGAAGAGCGCUUUAGCUGGAUCCAGUCUGGUAAAGGGCCACUGAGGCGCGCCCCACAGCGGAGGACGCAUCCUUUAGGAGGGACCUGUACUUCUCCCCCUCCCGGUUACACGUUUUCGGACAAGCCCAGGUUGCUUCCCCAUUAAGAAGGACGUUCGCUAAGACCUGCCACCAUGGAUGAAUGGGACCUUCCACAGUGGAAGAAGGAAGUAGACAGCCUGAAAUACCAACUGGCUUACAAGAGGGAAAUGUCUUCUAAAACAAUACCUGAGUUGAUGAAGUGGAUAGAAGACAGCAUUCCAGAAGAUCCAUUUCUGAAUCCAGAGCUGAUGAAAAGCAACCCUUGGGUGGAAAAAGGAAAAUGUACCAUACUCUAAUGCCCCUAAAUCCAACUUCACUCCCAAGCGGCCGUGGCUGACAAAAUGGCUUCCUCCUGAGAUAUUCAAUUUUGCAUUAACUCUGAAUGUACAUUUUUUUUAUUAGUUUCCUAAUAUGACUAACUGUACAAACA